GAGGGGACAGUGAUUAAUGUGUUUGUUAUUUCGCCGUAUAUACUACUCCCCCUACUGGACGCAUCAGGAACAACAGGGGCGUAAACCUUCCUGCUCCAGGUGAGCAGCGUCUCCAUACAGACCACAAACACAAAGGAGGAGGAGGAAGCAGUUUGGAAACCUCGGUAUCAGAAGUGAAAGUUGGAGUUUUACUCAGUUUUAAUCGUUAAUCCUACUCUGUGAUAAACGCUGAGCAAACCUAUCUGUAUAAAGGACUUCAUCUCAUUUUAUUUGUUAAAGUCUACAAUGUAGACCUUCUAAAAUGAAGGACAACAUCGCCAUGUUAAAACUUCUCCUGUUUCUCACAUUUACUGCUCAUCUUUCAUCUGCAGACACACACACUCUGCAGUACCUCUACACUGCAGUCAGACCAGGAGUACAUUUCACUGCUGUUGGUCUGGUGGAUGGAGAACAGUUUGUGUUCUACGACAUCAACAUGAUGAUGAGGAUCUCAGCGUGGAUGAAGAAGGCAGAAGCUGAUGAUCCAGAUUACUGGCAGAGAGAGACGGAGCAUGUACAGAAUCAACAGGACUCAUUCCAAAACAAUGUGGCUAGAGUAAUGAAGCGCUUUAAUCAAUCUGAAGGAGUUCAUACACUACAGAGGAUAUACGGCUGUGAGUGUGAUGAUGACGGCACCACUAGAGGAUACGAUGAGUACGGUUAUGAUGGAGAAGAUUUCAUCAGUCUGGAUCUGAAAACUGGAACCUGGACUGCAACUAAUGAUAAAGCUAAGAACUUCAUAAACGAGUGGGAUCCUAAUGGAGAUAAAGCUAAACACUGGAAUGACUUCCUGAAGACUGACUGUAUUGAUCAGUUACAGAAGGUUCUGAAUGAUGGCAAGGAAACUCUGGAGAGGAAAGUUCCUCCUACAGCGUCAGUGUUCCAGAAAAACUCGUCUUCUCCAGAGGUGGUGUGUCAUGCUACAGGUUUCUUCCCCAAAACAGUGAAUAUCACCUGGCAGAAGGACGGAGAGGACGUGCAUGAGGACGUGAAGCUCAAUGAGACAUUACCCAACCAGGAUGGAAGCUUCCAGAAGAGAAUCAUUCUGACAGUCUCAGCUGAGGAUCUGCAGAAACACACCUACACCUGCGUGAUUCAGCACAGCAGCUUGGAGAAGGAGAUAGUGCUGCCUGUGAGCGAGCGCCGAAUCCUGAAUCCUGAUCGAAGAACAGGUGGAGGAUCAGGUGGAGGAUCAGAUGAAGGAUCAGGUGGAGGAUCAGGUGGAGCUCCGAUUGGUAUCAUCGUUGGUGUAGUUGUGGCUUUCGUUGUUUUUAUUGCUGGUGUUGCUGGAAUUGUGGUCUGGAAGAAGAAGAACUCUGUCUUCACACCUGUUCCACUCUCAGACUCCACACCCGUUCCAGUCUCAGACUCCACACCCGUUCCAGUCUCAGACUCCACACCUGUUCCACUCUCAGACUCCACACCCGUUCCACCCUCAGACUACACACCCGUUCCACUCUCAGACUCCACACCCGUUCCACCCUCAGACUACACACCCGUUCCACUCUCAGACUCCACACCCGUUCCACUCUCAGACUCCACACCCGUUCCACUCUCAGACUCCACACCCGUUCCACUCUCAGACUACACAUCCUUUCCACUCUCAGACUGUGAGAAACAUCAGAAGUGAUGAGUUCCAGUACUGAUGGUCCUGUAUCUGGGGAGGCAGAGUCUGAGGUGUAAAUACAGCUUCACUUCCCACUCUUUCUGUUUAUGAGAACUUACUGAGUUUAGAAAUAGUAGGUGAUUUAUUACUGGGUCUAAAAUGACCAGCUUUAUAUUGUAUAAUUUGAAAAAAAAUCUCCACUAUUUCAGUAGCAAACGUGCGAUUAUCUUCACCUCUACUGAGAAAAGAACGGAAGUGUAAGGACAAUGAUGAGUUCAUACAUUUAUACAAUCAUCAGCCCUGUAAUUACUGACUCACACUGAUAUGGCAUUGGUGUGGUGGGGGUCUCCUAUGAGUGAUAAAGGGUUAACCGCGUUUUGGCACUUUAGUUUUUAAUUUAGUCUUAGUCCUGUGUCAAAUGUCUUUGAUUUAUAGUUUUUAUCAUAUUUAGUCAUCCUUACCCUAAUUUUUGGUUUAGUAAAAAAAAACUGUUGAAAUUCUUAACCAUACGAUUAUAAGAUUAAGAACAGUUAGUGUUUAAUGAACUCAUCUCGUCUUCAUCGUUAAAAAAAGGCUCUUUCACACUGAGCACGACGCAAUAAAACGAAGUGAAUCACAGAUGAACGAUGCUUUCACACCGAACAUGAAACGAUUGAUCGUCUUCAGCUAAUUCACUCCUGCACUAUAGGUGGUGCUGACCAAGAAUGCAUUUUACACCUGCACACUAGGUGGCACAACCCACUACCUUUGAGCCCCGAGAAUCACUUAAAUGUUGGCGCAUAGCACCACAACACAAACUGUUAAGAAGAAAGUUUUUUUGUGUUUUUCGAACUGGACCAUCGAGCUGUUUUAGUCUGAAUGAAAUAAUGUGAAAUAUAAUAAAUAACACAGCAGUGGGACAAAACCCCAGUUUAAUGCCCAAGACCAGCACAGUUUUAUUUUCAUGGUGGAAAAAAGUGUCGCUUUGUCACGCCGUGAAUGAACCGCGCCCGGUGUGAAUAGUUCCAUAGGGAUCUAUUGUUUCGAUACAAGAUCAUCAUCGCAUCAAACAUUCACACCGCUUAAUCACGCUCAGUGUGAAAGGCCCUUAAGAACAAUAAACAUAAGAAAAUUCACAGUGUAAUAAAAAAAGAGGUAAUAUAAGUAGUGGAAAGUGACAAGUAAUGAUACUUAUGUUUUGCAUUUAUUUUAAUUACAGAAAGGCGUUAGAAAGUCUGUUAUAAAAGAUAAAGAAAAAACUAUAAUGUAGCAGUUCAAAAGAUAUAACACUAUAAAGUGUGUAGCACUGCUGUAUUCACACUGCCAUGUCCGUGUCUAGUCAAGUCCAUAGCCGAGAGUGACAUCACAGUACAUUUAAAGUGCUACAUUUUACAUUUUAAACAUUUAUUGUGGCAUAAAUUAAAAUUAAUUAUUCAUAAAUUAGGCUAGCGGUGGUGUAGAGAUGCAUGGGGGAUUUAUUCCCUCCCAAAAACAUGCCACUAGAUGAACUAAGAUAAAGUGCCUCUGUGCAGGAUGUGUGUGUCGUGUCCUGUAAAGGACGGCCGUCCCAUAUAGUGUCUACUGAAGACAAAUUAUUUACUUUUUUUUUUUUAAUCCACAAACUGCAUAUGUACAGUAUCCCAUAUUUUCAUUGUUUGUUUAUAUUUUUGGGUUUGUUUUAGAGUCCAGUGGGGUUUAAUGUGGUGUUACAUUUAUAAUAGUUUUUUUUUAACCUUCUUAGAAGUUAAAAACUACAAAACUGUCAGAUAGGCCUGUCACAGUGAACGCUUUUGUUAGACAAUGCAUUGUCCCAGAAAAAAUUGCGAUAAAUGAUAUUGUCAUUUUAAGACCAUUUUAAGACGCCGCUAUAACGAUAAUAUAAAAGCAAAGUUUUUGUCUUCUGACGAAAAUAUCCUUUAGAUUUAGUCAAUAUUUAUCCUGUCAUAUUUAAUCAUUUUAGUCAAUUACUCUGAUUAAAGAAUAAUAAUGAAAAAAAGAAACUAAAUAUUCACACAUUCUAUAUAAACGUGAAAAACAUGUGCCCUUAUUGUGAAUCUGAUCUUCUGAAAUAUUCCAGUGAGGUCACUACUGUAAUACAAUAUUGUGAAUUCUUGCUUUAGUUCUUUGUUGUGCGUGUUAUAGUGCGUGUUACAGAAACCGUUCUACCUCGUACCCUCACUGAAGUUCAACAUCACUUGUGAAUUUGUCAUUUUGUGCAGAAGUGAGUUAUAAUAAUAUGAUCAUGUUGUGUAAAUGUCUGAUUAAUAUAGGAUGUGGUUGGGUGAGAUAAUUAACCUGCUAGUAAAGUGCUUCAGUUUCCCGUGUUGAUUCAAUCCCUGACAUGAUUUAGUAGUUAGUAUCCUGCGUGUCGUUUUUUUCAAAAGUGGUUUAAUUAAAAGCGGUGCUAGUGUUUGAUACACAUCUUAAAUUUGUUUUUAAAGAAACAGUUUUGAAUCUGAAUUUUUAUCUUCAAUUUGACGAAUAUUCGAAGUCCGGAUUUUACUUUAACAGCCGUAGAGCAGACGAGAGGACAGAAGCAGCGCGACUGGUUAAGUGUAUCAGGAAUCUUCUUCUCACGCAGAGUGCCGUGUACAGUUCAGUGUUUCUCAAAUAAACCACUUAAACUGCAUUUGCAUCCGUCUCUACUCGCUGAACACGACAUGGUAACAUUCAUUCUUGUGUAAACAAACACACGUGUAAACACAAUGGGUGAUUAUCGAGGUCAGCAAAAAGUAUUGAGGUCACGUCCAUAUAUCACACAAUAAGUCAAUAACGUAGUUCGUGACAGGCCUAAUGACAAAUAAAACUUUCAAAAACCUUCAUUAACUGUAAAAAUGAGUUUCGUUCUUUUCUCAGUGCAGGGAAACACACAUGCUACAGAUAAUAGUGGAGAUUAGAAAUUAAUGCAAAAUGCAGACUUUUUUUUUUUAUUCUCACAGUUGUGUGAGUGAUGUAAUGAUAUUGCAAUGUUCUGCUCCACUGAGCUUAUUGCUGUAGGAGCUACUACUAUUGGUGUGUGGGUGGUGCUAAUACAAAUGGAUCAGGUACAGCAGUUUACUAAUAUUUAUGGAACAAAUAAUUUAUUGUGUUAUGACUAUUUAAAACGUGAAGGAUCUGGAGAGAUUCUGUAUGGAGGAACAGUCUCGGAUCCCUCACCAUGUAUAUUCCAAUCUCAUCAGGCAUUUAUAGGAGAAGAAUCAGAACUGUUAUCUUGCCAAAGGGAGCUAGCACAAAAUAUUAAAAGGGUCUAAAAGGGUGCCAAUAAUUGUUGCACAUGUAUUUAACAAUGUUUUUUGUUGUGGGAUAAACUUGUGUUCUUUGCAAUUGUUGGAUAUCCAUGAGUGCAAAGGUUUUAAUACCCAAUACUUUAAAUCAAAAUAUUGUUUAGAGGACAUGUUUUUUUUUCUUUUUUCUCCCCAAGUUAUCUCACUAAUUUACUUUACUUGUGAAUUUUUUUUAUCUGAUUUUUCCCCUUUGCACUAGCUCAUGUUGUGUCAGAGUGCUGUAACUCUCUCAAUGGAAAGCGCCAUCUACCCUCUUCCACAUACAUGAGCUCUCGUGAUGCCCAUGAUUGGCCAGUGUGCGGUGACUGGCAGGUGAGAGGUUUGCCCCUCCCACCCUGACAGCACAGCUAGUUUUUGCUUCAAAUUUGAUUAACUCUACUUGAACCCUGUUCCAACUUUAAAUAAGACUUAAAAACACUUUUAAAAUUUUAAAAGAUAACUUUACAAGAAUAGUUUGAGAUAAAUAAAACUUUUGCACUCAACUGGACAUUAUCUGUUAAGAUUAAAGGGGUCUUAUGAUGCUUUUAAAAGCUCAUUGUUUAGUUUAUUGGGUGUAAUAGUUAAAAUGCUUUCAUCUUCAGAAAACACAUUAUUUUUCACAUACUGUACAUUAUUGCUGUUUCUCCAAAGCCCCUCCUUCCAAAAAGCCCAGAGUGCUCUGAUUGGCCAGCUGACCCAUUGUGUUGUGAUUGGCCAAAAGCCUCAAGUGUGUGUUGGAAAUAUAACGCCCCUUACCAUAAUCACGAGCUUCUGCUUCAACACUUCUAAAGCAAUUACAAACACAGUUAAUAAUUUCGUCAGUUUUACCGUAUCAGUUCGAGCCCGAGUCAGAUUCUGAAAAUGCGGAUGAUCGAGCAGAUCAAUGAGAACCAACUCUACAAGCACGACUUCAGCAGAACGUUUCACAGCGGCAAGUUUUUAUUUUGUAACUCUUAACUUUCAGAUACGACGUUAGAACGAUUUAAUUUGUCUUCUUCACCGUAGUAACUUUAUGUCCGGAAGUGACUAAAUAAAAUGAAUUAAAUAUUACAAAAUGACUGCAUCAUGCCGAUAUUUCAAACUGCGACAGACGUUUGUGGAAGUAAUAUCUGGACUUGGAUGGAGGUGUUUUAUGCAGGUCUGGAGCAGUGCUCUCUGUUAGAUAGAAUAAAUCCCUGUGUGGGAGACUAUAAGCUUUGUAACUUUGCAGAUCUUUUACAUGCACAAACAGAUUAUUCACUAAAGGAAAACAUUCAAAAGCGUCAUAUGACCCCUUUAAAACAAACUUUAAGAAAUUGUUCAUUGUAAUAAACUACCUCUUUUUUUAUUAUAUGAAAUGGUAUAAAUUUGUACUACUUGCACUUUUCACUGACUCUUUCAUUAAAAAAAAUUAU